AAACUUCUAUACGUUCAAUUUUCUUAUGAAAACAAAGGGCCAACAGCAACCAUCUAGGCGUCCCCUGGCUUAAAACGACAGGCUAGGAUCACAAUUUUAUUCUUGGGGAUUGAAGAACGAGAAAAUCAGACCGUUUGCUGAGGCUCCUCCUCAUUUGCCCUCCGUACUGCGCUUGUUUCUUCUGACCAGCAUUCAACAAUGGUGAUGGCUCUAGAGAUCAAUGCCCAGGCUGAAAAUAUGGUUUUUGUUGAUCAGGGCAAGGAAGGAGAUAUUUGUAAGAAGCAGGAUAAGCGGUGGACAUUGAAUGAUUUUGACAUUGGUAAGCCGCUGGGAAGGGGAAAAUUUGGUAACGUGUAUCUUGCAAGAGAGAAAAAGAGCAAAUAUGUUGUGGCUUUAAAAGUUCUAUUCAAGAAUCAGCUCCAGCAGUCGCAGGUAGAGCACCAGUUGCGUAGGGAGAUUGAAAUUCAGAGUCAUCUACGCCAUCCAAAUAUACUUAGAUUGUUUGGAUACUUCUAUGAUCAGAGUAGAGUCUACCUUAUUCUUGAAUAUGCUGCAAAAGGUGAGCUCUACAAAGAGCUUCAGCGUUGUAAAUGCUUCAGUGAAAGGCGGUCAGCUACUUACAUUGCAUCUCUUGCAAAAGCUUUGAUCUAUUGCCAUGAAAAACAUGUCAUACACCGGGAUAUCAAGCCAGAGAACUUGUUAAUAGGCAUACAGGGUGAACUGAAAAUUGCAGAUUUUGGUUGGUCCGUGCACACUUUUGAUAGAAGGCGCACCAUGUGUGGAACCUUGGAUUACUUACCUCCUGAAAUGGUGGAAAACAGGGAGCAUGAUUCUGGGGUAGACAUAUGGAGUUUGGGAGUGUUGUGUUAUGAGUUUCUUUAUGGGGUUCCUCCUUUUGAAGCAAAGGAGCAUUCGGACACGUACAAAAGGAUCAUGAAAGUGGAUUUGAAAUUUCCUUUAAAGCCGCUUGUUUCUGCUGCAGCCAAAGAUCUAAUAUCUCAACUUUUGCAGAAAGAUUCUUCAAAGAGGCUGCCUUUACAUAAGCUUUUGCAACAUCCAUGGAUUGUUCAAAAUGCUGAUCCUGAUGGUAUCUAUAGACCAUUCAAUUGAACUAUGUACCUGUCGGUAGCCUUCCUCUAGGAGGAUUAAAUUGGACUAUGUGCUUGUUGUAGCCUUCCCUCCAGGAGGUUUCACUUGAACUAUUCGUGUAGGAAUCCAAUUGAACUAUGUGCUUGUUGUAGCUUCCUCUUGGAGGAUUCUUGUAAGUUAGGGUUGAUUUGUGAUAAUCAUUUUUUGCCCUUGCCCAUCCUUAGAUGUGUAUAGAGUGCUUCCUGUCUAGUCUGAUAACAUGUAACAUAUAUAGAGAUCUAGGCCUGUUCAUUGUUUACUGGUGUCCCCUUCCUGUAUUGCCGCCAUUCAUGCAAUUUAUUAAUUUGUCGAACUCUUUUUUUUCUCCUUUGUAAUUCUCUCCAAACUCUACCAAUUGGGCAGACAAAACCCAGGAUCCAUCUGUUUCCAUGUAACUAAAAUAUCCUGAAGUUUUUGCAAUGUGUAGUGAAUAUAGGUUGAUAUUUGCUGUUAA